GGCUAAUGGAAUCUCCAUACUCGUCAAUUCCGUCAAAGGUGGUUACAAAGUCAGACGUGGCAAAAGUCAAAGGAAAAGAUAUAACGAGAGCGUGAAGCUAAUUGGAGUAGGCUGAGAUCUUGUAAGAUUUAGGGCUUUCCACUCAGAAUAUAGCCGAAGAGAGUAAUUUUCUAAACUCUGGUCACUCGAUUCACUACGCCAAUCGGAGAAUUUGUCUGAACUAAUGCUGUCUUCCAAGCCCAUACUCUUCAGGAACCUUAUCAAGAGAAAAAAAUCCCACAAGAAGAAAUCUGCGCUCAAAAAGGCAACUUGGGUUUCCAGAAAACACGAUUCAGAUGGAGAUGAGGAGCCAUUGAUUCCUGAAGAAGAUGACGGUUUCCAAUUGAGAGGUUCUACUCCAUCGCAUUCUCAUGGUGUCCAACCUCUGGGAAACCUCUACUACAGUGCAUCCUCCCACAAUUCGAGACACACUGGCCUGGGAAAUCUCCAAACCCUUACGGACGAGCUCGUGCUUGACAUUCUAGGCCUUCUGGAAGGUACCGAUUUGGGGGUCUUGUGCACAGUGAGUAAAUCUUUCUACGUUUUCUGUAACCAUGAACCCCUUUGGAGGAAUCUUGUGCUGGAGGGGUGCAAGGUUGGAUUCUCUUAUAACGGGUCGUGGAAGUGUACUUACAUCACUGCUUUUAAACCUUCCUUUCAUUUUCUCUGUAGUAGAUUGAAAGUUAGGGACUUUUAUUCAGAUUACUUGUUCCAGAGCUGGCUUUGUGCUAAUCUUGAAAUGAAACACGAAUGGAUUGAAAGAGAUAAUAUUAUUAGGAGAAGGGGUAUUUCCGUACAAGAAUUCAUUUCGAAUUUUGAAGAACUCAACAAGCCUGUCUUGUUGGAAGGGUGUCUGGAUAACUGGGUUGCACUUGAGAAAUGGGAUAGGGAUUGUUUGGUUGAGAUGUGUGGUGAUGUGAAGUUUUCCGUAGGGCCUGUGGAAAUGAAGCUUGAGGACUACUUUAGGUACUCAGAUCAAGCAAAGGAAGAAAGACCGCUGUAUCUAUUUGAUCCAAAGUUCGCAGAAAAGGUUCCACAAUUGGGAUUGGAUUACGAUGUACCAGACUACUUUAAAGAGGAUUUGUUUAGUGUUUUGGGUAAGGAAAGGCCAGAUUAUAGAUGGAUCAUAAUCGGCCCGGCUGGCUCUGGAUCUUCAUUCCAUAUAGAUCCGAAUUCCACCUCAGCAUGGAAUGCUGUGGUCAAGGGUUCCAAGAAAUGGGUGCUGUUUCCGCCUGACGUUGUCCCACCAGGGGUGCAUCCUAGCCCAGAUGGUGCAGAAGUAGCAAGCCCAGUUUCCAUUAUGGAGUGGUUCAUGAACUUCUAUGAGCAAACCAGAAAUUGCAAGAAGAAGCCAAUUGAGUGUGUUUGUAAUGCUGGAGAAGUGAUAUUUGUCCCUAAUGGAUGGUGGCAUUUGGUUAUCAAUUUGGAGGAUUCCAUAGCCAUUACCCAGAAUUUUGUAAGCAGUAGUAAUUUAUUGAACGUCUUGGUUUUUCUGAAAAGGCCAAAUGCUAGCAGCCUGGUAUCCGGGACAGAUGACCGGGUGAAUCUGUAUGACAAGUUUAAGAAAGCCAUUGAAGCAGCUCAACCUGGAAUCAUUGAUCAUCUGACUGCAAAAGCAGAGGAGAAAAUGCUCGAGUCUACAAAGCAGUCCUUUUGGGAAUCCGUAAUAGAUUCAAAUGCAGGUGCUUUCAAGUUUUCUUUUUAAAGAACUAGGGGAUUCCCGCUUACGGGGAGUGUUUAAUUUCUUUCUUGCUAAAAAAAAGGUCAAUAUUGUAACAAUAGAUAUGUCUCUUUCCAGUUCAUAUUAUUCACAUUCAUCCAUUUCCAGUUUUUAUAACAAUAAGGUGUGUCUCUUUAAUUGUAGGAUUUAGAUUUAUUAUCAUCCACUUUGCUUAAUCGUUGUUUUUUG